AGAUAAAAAUAACGAAAUGAAGUUUCAGUCGAACAAACUAAAUGAGUUUUAUUUUACAACUACAAGUUUAGGAAAAAAAGAAGUCAUGAGAGUCGUUAAGUGACGUCACAUUUACGUAAAUGAUCAAACGGAAGAAUGACUGAAUGAAUAUAUAAUAAGCAAAUAUAAGUUUAUGAAGUUGUGUGGUGAAUAUCAACGACUUUUUUUAUAUUUAUUCAUGGCUGAUAACAGAGAUUGAAAGUUUAAUAAACGCUCUCUAAUCUCACAUUGUAUCAUAAAGUUUUAUUGUUUAUUUUAUUCAUAUUAGUUAUAAGAAUUCAAUGAUAACGGUAACAUCAUUUGCGAAAUUUUUAUGCAAAUUUUAGCCUAAAUGUCAAUGCAAAUAGUGUCGCGGUUGAUGGCUGAAGGUUUUCAUACUUUCACUGACAGAAAUUUGGAGAACUCGAGGCUGAAAUCAUCUGAUAAACAGUGCAUUAGGUGACGAAUGGAAUUCGCGAUUAAUAAUUCAACUUGGACUUCGAAUUUGGUUUCGCUUUCCUAACUCAGCUUAUUGUCAUUUAUUUCUUACAUAACGAAACUAUGUAAUCAUUUUUUGUGGUUCGUAAGAGACAAAUAAAAAUAACCAAAACACGCAAAUCAUUAGAAUAAUC